AUGAAUCAAAGAUUAAGGCAUUAAAGAUUUAACAUUCACUUUACUCACAUUAUUUUAGUUAUUCUAAUUAGUUAAGAUAUUUGCUAUGGAUAAAAUUUGGAUUAAUUUUUCCAUUAAUCUAAUAAUCUUUAGGAACAUAAUUAUGAUGACAGAAACUAUUUCAAUCUAUAUUAAACUUAUAAUAACAAACAUUCAAGCAAAAUUUAAAGAAAAAGUAGUCUAACUUAAAAAUGUUAUAAAAUAAAAACAUUCAGCUUAUCAGAAAGUUAAGAUAAAGGUGAAAGUUAGGAAUGUUUUUUAAACAAUAAUAAUAUAUUAUAGCUACUUAAAGCAAAAGAUAUAAUAAUGCUAAAUAUAAAAAAUAUGGAAAAUUAACUUCUGUUUUAAACUUCCUUAUUGGUUAGUAUGGCUAAAAAUGGUACUUUAAACAGUUUUAUAACAGAAAAUUAUGCUAUAUUCUAUUAUAAAAAUAGCAGUUAACUAGAAUUUUUGUAAUUUAAUGCUUCUAAUAGUAACUAAAGUAGCUUCUAAAAAAUUCAAUAAUAAGUACUAGAUUUUUAGCAUGGAACAUAUAAAAUAGGAAACUUUCAUAUUAGGUUAAUAUUUUUUGAAUACUAAAAAUAUUAGAUUAAUAUAAAAAAUAAUAAUGAAAAUUACAGUUAAAAAUAGAUACUGAGUAGCUGUCGAUAGCUAUUAAUUGAAGAAAUUUAGAGAAACUAAUUAACUAUUUAUUAGCUGGACUCUAAACAGUUUACAAUAAUUUAUAAUAGUAAGAUAUAAUCAAUUUAUCAAAACCAAUUUAUAAUACUAGAAACUUAUUAUUAGUUAUAUGAUAUAAUUAAUUUAAAUAAUAAAAUUAAUCAACACAUUUCAUUAUUUAGCUUGGCUUAAAUGCGACAAAUUGCUUUAUUAAACAAAGAUCGUUAAUAAAAUUUAAUUAAUUUAAAAAAUGAUGGAAGGCUUUUAGAGAAUUUAGUAGAUAAUUAAGUAUGCCAUCAGACGGUAUUUUUUAGUUAUUAAAAGACUUUAUAGGACAAAAUUAAUUUAGUGAUUGUGUUUGACAAUUAUCUCUAGUAGAUAAGGCUAUUAGAAGAAACAUCAAGUCUUUUUUUUGACUCAGUGUACUAUGAAUUAAAUUCAAUAAAUAAAAUAUUUCUAAAUUAAAAUUAAGUUAUAAUAUUAAAAAACAACAAUUAGUUUGAGUUUAUAGAAAUCAUAGAUUUUAAGUUAUUUAUGAUAUAAAAUAGAAAUAAAACAAGUAUUCAAUUUAGUGAAUCGAUAGAUUUUAAUAAGAAUGGUUACUUUUGUUUAAAUCUUAAAAAAUAAUAAUAAUAAUAAACUUAAUCAACAAUAAAUUUUAAGAAUUAUACUAAUCAAAUAAUAAAAUCUACAUCAUUUAUUUAUCAAAUAAUUGAAGUAAAUAAAUAAUCAAAUACAGCAUGUAGGAAUAAAUACAGAGUACAUAAUGUUAUAGAUAACUAAAUUUAUGAUGUUUGUAAUGAUUGCAUUAAAAUUAAUUAUCCCUUGGAUUAUUAUUAGAAAAAUAAUUCUUAUGGUUGCUUAAAAAUGAAUUAAGUACAAGCAGAAAAUUUCUAAAAAAGUUAACAAUUAAUAAUAGAAAAUACAACAGAAAAUAGAGUACUUAGGAAUAAAAAUGAAGAAAAUGAAUAGAAUGAUGUAAAAAAUUAAAAUUAAUAAUAAAUAAAUAAUUCAAAUUAUAAAGAAUAAAGUAAUUUUGAAGUCUAUUCUGAUUUUGUUAAUUCUAAUAUAUUUGUUAUAAAGUUAGAUAAAAAAUUAUAUUAGGAAUUUUAGGGAUAAAAAAAUAAUUAGAACAAUAAUUUCUUCUAAAUCAAAUUAAAUUAAAAUAAUUUGAAAGAUAGUCAAUUAAUAGUUUCUGAAACUGAUAAAGGAGAUAUAGAAAUUCACAUCUUGUUAGAUAACUUUGUUUUAAAUCCCUUAAUAGAUAUAGAGAUAAAUUAAAAAUAUACAAAUGGAAGCAAUAUCUAAGUAGGUUUUACUCUCCCAAUUAUAGCUCCUCAACAAUCAGCAUACUUAGAGUUUUCUGCUGUGAUAAUCUCAUUUUUUACAAAGAUACUUUACUUUUUAAAUUUUUUAGCAAUUUUUAUAGGGUAGUUCUCAGGAUAUUUAAUAAACAUUGAAAUACUUUAAUAUAUAUCGCUUUUAUCUUAUUCUAAAUCUCUAUAAAACCCUCUUUCUAUAAGCAUGUCUAAGUAUUUAUCACUUUUUAACUGUAAUUGGAGUUAUUAAAAUUAAUAUUAAUUAAUCAAUCUCAAUAAAACUGAAUCAGUUAAAGUGAUUAUUUUUGGAUUUCAAACAAAGCUUCAUUCAUCCGACCAAUAAUUUCUUCUAUAUAAAGGAUACUAUUCUUAAAGCUUUUUAUAUUUAGGCUACACAUCUAUAAUUUUGCUUGGAAUAGUUUUUGCAACAUAUAAAAUUAUCAAGUUUAUUCGAAGUAGAAGAAAUAAAGAAAGACAGGAAAUAUGUUUUUAUAGGAUUUUGAGAGUGAUAUAAAUUGAGCUAGAAAGUGAUGUGAUUGGAAAUAUCAUAUAGCUAACUUUUAUUCAGCUAAUUUUUUCUGCUAUAUCUCAGAUUGCUUCAUUUUGUAGAUUAAUUGAUUUCUAAUCUAAAUUGUAGUAAAUUUAGUUUGUCUUGAGUAUUUUGAUAAUAAUUUAUGCUACAACUGUUAUAAAAAAUCUUUUUAUGAUGAGAUCACUUAUAAUUUUAGAUAUGGAUAGAUCAGUUAAAAGUGUUUGGAAAACUUUUUUCUAAAAUAUUAGAGAAACCGAUUUUUCAAGGUAAAAACUCACAGCUUAUCCAAUUAUGAUUGCUUUUAGAAAAAUAGCUCUUGCAAUGGUUGCAGUUUUACUGUAUGACUAUCCUUUUACAUAGAUUUAUAUAAUAUUUGCUAUUAGUUUAGUUUGUUCUUUAGUUUCUAUUUUUAAGUUACAGGGACCCUUCUAAGAAACUAUAUUGAAUUAUUACAUGUCUAUUCAAGAAUUAAUUAUGCUUAUUAUUAUAGGGUGUCACAUAAAUUAUGUCUUUUGCUAUGACGAGCUAUUAAACUAAUCUUAAAAUGAAAUUUAUAGUAAUGAUCAAUUAGUAAAUAAAAUUGAAACUACAGUCAUUAUAGAAGUUAUAUCUAUUUCAGUAAUAAUGCUUUUGAAUUUAUUUAUUGUUCUUACAUUUUUGAAAAAAAAUCUACCUUGUUUUAAUAAGAAGCAAGAAACAAAUACAGCAAUAAACUAAGAUGACCUUCUCAUGAUUGGAAAUAAUGAAAAAUACUACUUGCUUUCUUAGGUUGAUGCUAAAGCAGAGAAUUAAAAAAAAUAAGCCAAGUCUCACACUUUGUCAGAUGAAGAAUCAUUAAAUCCAUAAGAAAUGGUUGCUUCUAAGUAACAAAUAAAUUAGUAAUUGCAAGAUGGAGGAAUAGAAUUUAAUUAAAAUGAAUUAAACUUUUAUAAAGACAAACCUAUCUUUUAACAAGAUAAGUAAUCUGAUGCUUUUACACCUAGAAAAUUAAACUAGAGCAACAAAAGCUUUAUAAGUAAUAUGGUAGAAUUAGAAGCUAGCAAUAAUAAAAUAUUAUUUGAUGAUCAUUUACCAAAAACUGCUAAGAACUUUAGUAAUACAAACAAUAACAUAAGUUUGAUCUAUCUAGGAGAAAUUAACUAACCUGAUGAGUAAAAAAGUUAAGUAAAUUUAGUAGAUGAUGAAACUUUUAUUCGUCCUCCCUAGAACUAUGAAAUUAAUGAUGUCAGUUUAAAUGAAGGAAAUUAAACAUUCUUAAACUAAAAUGAUAAGCUUAAAAGGGUGAAGCAAAAGCUAAGUCUAUGCAACACUUCUAUUAACUACUUACAAAAUCUAUUAAAUAACUAUAAUGUUUCAACCCAUAACAUUUAAGAUUAAUUGAAUGUCUUAAAUGAUUAUGAGGAGCCUGAUUCAACAAACAGAAACUAAUUAACUACCGAUUCAUUAACAUAAGAUUAAAUACACGAGGAAGAAAAAUUAAUAACAUUUUGUUAUGAUAAUGGUUAAAAUUAAUCAAUUAAUACUAAAGAAGAGUUAGAGUUCAUUUAAAUUUGA